AUGCUUUUGCUCGGUUUACUCUCCGCGUCCUACCUUUUUAUAUUCUACAAGCCUGCUUCCUUCGUUGCCGAUGAAACUGCGUUUGCAGAUCUACAGAGGAUCGGCCAGCAAAGCUGCUUAAACAGCGCUAGUCCAUCCCCCAUGCCACAGGGGUUCCAAACCCGGUAUGAGAAGGAUAUCACCGCUGAAGCAGCCAAGUGCCAAAACACAUGUCAAGUAAGUGGCGGAGCUCCUUGGACUCAGUAUAAUAAUAUAAAUAACCCCGAUCACCUAUUAUAUAAUGUUAUGUGCAUCUAUCUAAUGGCCCUAGCCUAUAAAUGCCCUCAGUCCACGCACAACUCAGCAGAUAGCUAUAGGAGCGCGAUAGAAUACGCAGUAAAGUAUCUAGCAGACCACGGACUUCAGACAACAUAUUUAACUCAAGAUACCAAUACAACUAGGACUCUAAUUCUUGCUGUGGAGGUCCCCACUUAUAUCUCUAAAUUUCUUCCAUUACUUGUGGAAGCGUCAUCCUCUCCAUCACAGUCAUCUGAUAUGCAAACUCACUUGCUGAAGAUAACAGAAAACAUAUUUUCAUACGUCCCACAAUUCACUGAUUUGGCAAGCUGUUCAGCCAGGUCAAAUGUGUGGAGUGACCCGGCCAAGUGCCCAUACUCAGGUGUUCAGCUGGAAGCGUUUCUAAAUAGUAUAUUCCUUACUCUAAACAAGUUUAUCCAAGAUAAAGUCAACACCCUAGGAAAUGCGGAGUCCCUGGCGGCAUACUUUCGACAAAUGCCUACAAACUACUCCCAAACCAGCAAUUAUUACGUCGAUGGCUACCGACUGGACUCGUCCAUAGAUCUGUACUACUCCAUGCCAAUGCAGGGCAGCACAGCAUUUGACAUUAUCUUAGAGACUCUGCGUGCUGUGGAAUACUUUGGGUCUGAGGAGAACGAGUGCGGCUCACGAAUAUUGGCGACGCUUUACUCUUUCUUCAAUCACUCCAUUCUUCCAUACAUGCAGCAAUGCAGGCUCUCCGAUGCCAUUGCCGGUGCACUGGUGGUCGACGGAGUUCUUGAUGGGCAUGCUCGCCACGAGAUCGCCAUAGCGUUGUUUGCUCACAUGCACGUACUAGCUGUUUCUAAGGGGUACAUACCCAAUUCAUUGCCUGAAAAUGUAACUGCUCUACUGAAUGCGUUCUCGUACCAGGCCAAUCAGUGUUUUUCAGCAUCUUCUGCAAAGCUUCCCGCUAAAUUUGCAUAUGGAUGUCAUUGUGCACUUAGUUUACUUGGGAUCAAUGCCGUCGCACAUUAUCAUGCAGACGACUUGAAAUCAAAGCGGACAGGGGUCCUCUGGCAGCCGUAUGCUGACACUAUUUCGAUAGUGACCAAGGAUCUCGACAUCGUGUACGCGAUGAGCUCUUACAAAACAGCAUACUACAAUUGUAUUAACAACACAAAUCGUCGUGGGUGGUAUCAGAGGGCAGGACACCAAUACGUUUAUCCAAAAGAGCAUCCUAACAAGUACAUUAAUUAUUAUCCCUCAAUGGAGACCUUUGCAUAUCAGGGCGUUGUUGCAGCCAGGGCGCAACUUAAGGAUUGUCAGUACCAAAAUAACAAGGCAAGUGAUAAGCGUGGGUCUACCAACGCCGGAUUGGUUACCGUUGAUACUGAUGCAGCAAUCGUCUACGAGCACAUCCAUCCUGAUACCCGCAAUGCAUACUUAAAGCUCUUCUACCUUGAGGAGGCGGCAAACGCGGACGUGAAGAACACUUUCAGCAACAAUGUCGCCAUUCAUACUCUUCUACUCUCCAAUAUGACUGCAGCUAAUCCGUCUACCCAAAUACAUGAUAACAUACUCGCAAUCCCUCUUGGCAGCACAAAGGCUGUCGUUAGUGUGUUCUCUCUCGCAGGACAAAGAGUAGACACAGCCCCUGGAGACGAUUGGACAAACACGGACAGCGUGAAGUAUGCAUACGUCAAACUAUCGUUUCCAGCCGAUCAAGGGGCAGCUGACCAAAGCCCCACGCCCUCGCGUGGCCCAGAGGCCACAUCCUAUGUCACAGGGGUGUGCUUCCAUGCCUUCAGUGGGCCAGUAAAGGGACGCAUCAAAGAGCUAUCAGGGAGCUAUGCUGAGCAAGGAGGUGUCUUACCACCAGAUUCUUCAUCAAGUAAUGUAAGGCAAUACUUUUUGCAACUUCGGAUGCGAGUUAUGCCGGGCACGGAGUCCUCAAGUAAGUUAGCAAUCUACACGUACUUUCCACGGCUCAGCUCCAGUGUUACAGAGACCGAGUUCAACAAGCUGUGUUCACAGUACAAUGGCUCAGUAUUCAUCAAUGGGCAACCAAAUCCAUCAAGCUACACAUAUCAGCAGAUCGAGAACGUGCACUUUAUCGUUGGAAAGUCCAUUGCAAAGAGAUAUGUGGAGUUUCACGCCAUGGCUUUCCUGAAGCCAUCAGAGAGCGUGUUUUACCGAAAUGCCACACUUCAGGCGAAGAGUACCGGAUUCGUUGCCUUCAAAGCACGCGAGCGCACGCUGCAAAUGUCGCUGGUGGACGUUACCCAGGACAGGCGAGCCGUGAACAUGACCCUCUUUAAUCUGUCUAUUUACGACUUCCUGGAGACCAGCUGUAAUCCCAAGAAUGCCGAUGAUCAGAUACAGCUCUCUGUUCCAGGAAUCAACGCCGUAUUCUGCUCAUGCAAGAUGACCUUCAAGCUUACCUCAUCCGAAGAGCAUGCGUUAUUCAUGCAUAAGGUGACAAUUGCCUCUGUGACCGUAACGAUUUUAAUAGCUAUUGCGGUCAUCAUUACCAUAGUUGUUAUUUUGAUCAUGAAGAAGCGGUUAAAAGGCGGAGAGAAACGUCUACGAAAGGUCCGUGAGAGGAAACAGAUAACUGACGCUCAGAUACGCUCAGAUGCGGUAAUAAAGAAGAUGGCCAGGCACAGAGGAGAGAAGGAGCCACAGGACAAAACGUAUCUGGACAACAAUUUCCAGGAUUCGUUCAGCGCUGAUAAGAUAGCUGACCUGGCAGAGACAAUGUUUAGUAGAGGUGGCUUGGGAGAGAGCUACCUUUGA